AGCCCGCCCCUGCUGCCUCCCGCUGGCUCCCAGCUCUCCACCAGCAGGUCGUCCUCUUUCAGCAGAACCCGGGUGUGGAUGCUGCUGAUGUUCUAGUGAAUUCCUGUCGGCACACAAGGGAACCCACUGUGUACCAAAUUUGGCACCGUGCUGGACACCAAGACUCAGAGAUGAGCUGAGGGAGACAAAGGAGAGAAGACUGACAGACAUCCACAUCUGUGUGGGAGGCCCAUUAGAAGGAUCAUGUAAAUGUCUUUCCUCCAGGACCCAAGUUUCUUCACCAUGGGGAUGUGGUCCAUUGGUGCAGGGGCCCUGGGGGCUGCUGCGGUGGCACUGCUUCUGGCCAACACAGACGUGUUUCUGUCCAAGCCCCAGAAAGCAACGCUGGAGUAUCUGGAGGAUAUAGACCUGAAAACACUGGAGAAGGAACCAAGGACUUUCAAAGCAAAGGAGCUCUGGGAAAAGAAUGGAGCUGUGAUUAUGGCUGUCAGGAGGCCAGGUUGUUUCCUAUGUCGAGAGGAGGCUGCAGACCUGUCCUCCCUGAAGCCCAGGUUGGAUGAACUGGGCAUCCCCCUCUAUGCAGUGGUGAAGGAGCAGAUUGGGACUGAAGUGCAGGACUUCCAGCCAUACUUCAAAGGAGAAAUCUUCCUGGAUGACAAGAAAAAGUUCUAUGGGCCCCAAAGACGGAAGAUGAUGUUUAUGGGAUUUAUCCGUUUGGGUGUCUGGUACAACUUCUUCCGGGCCCGGAAUGGAGGCUUCUCCGGAAACCUGGAUGGCGAGGGCUUCAUCCUUGGGGGAGUUUUUGUGUUGGGAUCAGGAAAGCAGGGCAUACUUCUUGAGCACAGAGAGAAAGAAUUUGGAGACAAGGUAAACCAGGUUUCUGUUCUGGAAGCCGCUAGGAAGAUCAAACCGCAGACCUCAGUCCCAGAGAAAAACUGAUCUCAUUGAAACUGCCCAGCUCAGGGAUAAUUGGGGAUACUCACCUGUGUUCAUGGGAUGAGUUAAUGUUUCACUUGUAUCUCUAAGGAGUUAGAAUCCAUUUGUACCUUAUUCUCGGUAUGGAUUAUUAGCAUAUUUUAAAAUUGUACCCUGUUGAGGCUCAAUAAGCCAAAAUAGCUCCAAAACAAACCUGACAAAAAUCUAUGAGUAGGGUUAUUUCAGCUAAAAGCUGUCUUAAACUUGAGUGCUCUCAUCACAAUAAUAAUGCUGUUGUUUGCAAUGCUUUUUGUGUUCACGCCUUCAAAAAUUAAGAAAAAUUGAUGUUUGACUUAAAGAUUAGAGAAUAUAAGGUUUUUGGCUUGUGUGUUUUCUAUUAAUGACUUGUUACAUAAAAUAAGACUCAUAUGAUGGAAUUGAUGUAUUCCAGGGUGAUUUGAUACAGGUAAUUAUGAAGUGAAAUCUGUUCUUCCAUUGUUUUCUGGUCUAACCUUAGAGGUUUGUCCUUCUAGAAGAAAUGAUCCUCUCUGGCUCUAACAAAUUAUGUAUCAGAAAGCAUCCUGUCUUUUAAAAUCACCUAUAUAUACAAGUUUUUCUGAUAGAACUAAUAAUAAAAAUAUUUAUCACAAU